GGUUCAUGCUCACAUCUUCGCUUUCUGCUCCCGACACGCUGCGUGGAGGCAGGCGACCUGUCCGUCGAGGUCAAUGUGCGCCUCAGUGGUGAGGAAACAUUCGCACGCGCGCCGCCCAAGUCGAAUCGGCGGUUUGUGUUGCCCCAACCCUGCUGCAUCGCACAUGUCUGAUUUCAGAGAUACAUGGUGAGCAGUGGAGUCUGCCCAAACUAAUUCUCGCAACGUCAUCCCACCCUCUCGUGAGCAAAAAUCACAACACAACACCCGCCUACUCAUCACUUGUCAUGUUACCGUACGGAGCGAGACCCUCUGCACACCACGAAUUGAUGCCUCGGAGAAGCCGAUAGCCCGACUGAUAGUCCAGCAACGUUGCCAAAGCAGCCAUGUCUCUGGACGCAGUGAGAGACAAAUAUGGCUACAAGAACAUCUCGUUUGCAACAUGGCGCGACCCCAGACUCAGCGUGCAUCCAGCGCGAGGCGGGCCCAAGACACCCACUGUCGACCCAGAGAGCGUCUCGCAGCCAUUCAUCCCCAAGUACAAAGUGAGGUAUCCCGUACCACCACCUACAGAUGACGAGAGUUCAGAGGAGGAUGCAGCCGAAAGUGGGGAAGAAGAACAACCGACAGCAGAUGCGCCUUCAUCCGCAGAAACCCCUUCUGCUGAUGCCCCUCCGAGCGCAGAUGACAAGCCAGCUGGCGAAACUGACGAGCCGGCACCAUCUGUAGCAGAGCCUAGCGCCGAACCAGAAGCCGAGCAAAAGGCAGACGAAGCCGAUGCUGUUGUCGACCCGCCAUCCGCUGAAGAUCCUGAAGUAGCUCAGGGUGACGAACCACCUGCCGACGUCACGGCAGAGGAAUCUCCUGAGGCAACACCAGAAGCUCCCGCAGAAGCUACUCCAGAGCCCGCUGCCGAAAGCACUGAGCCUGCGCAAGAUCCUCCCGAAGAGGGUGGCGAGGCGGCAGGACCCGAGCCAACCCCAGCGGAGGAUGAAGCUAUGAAAGAAGAUGCUACUCCGCCUGCAGCACCCGAACCUCCAGCCGACGAAGCACCCGAGCAAGUCGAUGACAGCAAGGACGAUCAAGCUGAAGACGAAGCUGGUGGCGAAUUCUCACCUCGAUCGGAAGACGAUGUGUUCGUGGACUUGCCUCCUGAAGCGCCCGAGCCUCCAUCUGCUGAGCAAGAAGUUGCUGAACCACCCGUAGAGGAGAAAACAGAAGCUUCCAACGAUGACGAUAACGACGAUCCCGAGAAGAAAAGCGUACAGUGGGCUCCUGGUACUCCGGAUCCAAAGCCAACAAAACGGCCGAAAAAGGCUGCCAAAGGGGGGAAAGGCAAGAAGAAAAAAUCAAUGCCUGUCAACGACGGCGAAGAUCCCGAUGAGAUAGUGGCCAUCGUCGAGGGCCCCGGUGCAGAUCCUCAGCUUGUAGAGGCUCCAAGUGAGAGUGUCCUAGACCCUGCUUCGACUGACGUGCCUGCACCAGAGGACACUGUGAGCCCUGUCGAGGAAGUAGCCGCUGCUGAAGAAGCAAAGCCCGAAGUCGUUGAAGAAGUAGCUAUCAAGAGCGACCAAGGGAGCGACAAACCGAAGAAAAAGGAUAAGAAGUCGUCGAAGAGCAAGAGCAAAUCGAAAAGCAAAGAGCCUGAGCCGGCAGUAGAGGCCCCCAAGUCUGGCAAGAAGUCAAAAAAGUCCAAAGCAAAGUCGAAGGAUUCAAGUGGGCCACCUCUAGGGCUUGGCAUUGACUUUAGCGAUGUUACUCCACCUCCACCGCCUGCGCCCGUUGAAGAAGCUCCUGUAGAGGAGAUAAGCCCUGCAUCUAAAGAAGCAGUUGCUGCUAAUGAGGAGUCAAGCCCUGCACGGGAAGAAGCAGCUGCUGCUCCGGAGGACCCAAGCCCAGCUUCCGAGGACACCGCUGCUGCCGCUGAAGAACCACAGUCGGGCCUCGAAGAGUCUAGUCCUGCGCCUGAUAAAGAAAAUGCUGCCGCUGAAGAGUCAAGUCCUGCCUCCGGGGAUAUAGAUCCAGCAGAAGGGGAAGAGCCUGCUGCCGAAUCCGAAGCGCAAGUACCAGAUGAAUCAACGGAACAGGCUGCCACGAGUCAGCCAGCCGACACGGAAACAGAAGCGAAUGCAGUUGAAGACAACAAAGAGGCGACUGCAGAAGCGCCAACAGAACCAUCCUUGACGGACGAGACAGAAGUCGAAGUCGCCACAGAAGCUCAAGAAGAGGACGAGAAAGAGAGUACAUCUCAACCUGCUGAGGCACCAAAGGAAGACGAUGAGCAGCACGACGGCGAGGAGUCGCUGGGAGAAGGAGCCGCUAGUGCAGAUAUUGAGCCAGCAAAGGUAGUUGAUCAGCAAGCAGAUGAUGCGAACGAGAAGGAAGAGAGCUUGGAAGCCGUGAGCCCAGUAGACAGUGCUGUUGACAUGGAAGACAACAAAGAAGCCACGAGCGAUGACGAGUCAGAAGCAACAUCUGAAGCGGCCGACCAGGACGGGGAUCCCGAGACGACGUCCGCGGGCGAUGCUUCCGUGGAGGGGAUCAAGACAGUCGACGAACACAGAGCUCCUUCGCCUGCACCAGCUAGCGAUGAAACCGACACAGAAGACGAAGAUGACGGUGAUGAGGCAGAGUCCAAAACUGAUUCAAACGUGGAAGCUGGAGCAACGGAUGGACCUGCAGCAGAUGAUGGCGAAACACCAGCCGAGGCCGAAGUCGAUCCUGUGGCAGAGUCUGCAACUGCAGAAUCAGCGCCUGAAGUCGAGGUGCAAGGUGAAGAUUCUUCUGCACCUUCCGCAACAGAGGUCGAGGACGACAGCGAGCAAGCGGCCGCCGGCCAAACGGAGGAGUCUCAUAUUGAGGACGAGGCGGAGACAGCAGACGCCCAAUAUGCGGAGCCUGCAGCAGAAGAGGGGACCGCCGAAGCAAAGCCUGCAGACGAAUCGACUGAAGAACAGAAGCCUGGCGAUGACGCGACGCAAGAAGUUGCAACGGAUGGGCAACAAGAUAAAGAAUCAGACGAGCCGGCCAAGGACGAGGAGCCACCUGCAGCGAGUGUGGAAGAGCAAGCGGACAAACCCGCCGACGAAGCCGAAUUGAACGAGCAGCCUGUCGAGGAAUCAAACCAGGAUCAGGAACAUCCUCCAGACGAAGCCAGCCAACCCGCCGAGGUCGCUGAAGCGGGUGCCGCAGAGGAGUCAGCCGCAGAGGAGCCAGCCGCAGAGGAGCCAGCAGCGAAGGAACCGGCUACGGAGGAAGCGCCCGCGGACGAGGCACCUGCGGAAGAGCAGAAAGAAGAAGAUCCAGAACCUCCAUCCGAAGGACCCGCCCCUGAGUCCGCACAGGAGCCUGAUGUGGAACCUUCACUCGAACCUGUAGCGGAGCCAGAAGCGACCACGGAGAAGACUGAGGACUCUGCGGAGGCUACUGACGACCCUGUAGAGGAGGCAAAGGCCACGGAAGCCGAUGAUGGUGAUAAGGAAGCUGCGCCAGCUGAAGAGGAAGUUCCCGGUCCUGCAUCAGAAGCUGUGCAAGACGAACCAGCUCCGCAAGCAGCUGAUGAUGACCAAGCCGGCGAGGCGAAGACUGAGGAGCCGGUCGAAGACUCUGUCGCGCCCGAAGACAGCCCUUUGGUCAUAGAAGUUCCAGCAGCAGCCGAGAAGGAAGAAGCGAGCCCUACCAGUCGUGAAGCUCCUCCUUCACCAACGCAAAGCAGACGAAGCAAGCCAGAUCAUUGGGAACGGCCACCGAAGAAGCACUCUUCCAGCGAUAAGAAAUCCUCCGAGAAGCCGCGCUCGAGCAAACACAGCAGUCGUAGAUCUCGGUCGGACAAGCCUAGGACACCAGAAGAAGAGGCUGAGCAUCAACGCCGCAAGCAUGCACGGAGAGCGCUCGAAGCAGCUCGAAUCUACGAGGAAGAACGGAGAGUGGCCGAAGAGGAAGAAUUACAACGUAUCCGACACGAAGCUCGCCGAGCUGCAAGAAAGGCGGCUGCUGCGGAGGCUUCUCGCAUCGCAAAAGAAGAAGCUGAGGCGAUUGCUCGAGAGGAAGCCGAGCGUAGGCGACGUCGACGCGAGUCUUAUUCUGAGCGGCCUCGGUCUCAACGCGAAAGUAAGAGCAGUUCUACUGUGCCGAAGUUGUUCGGCUUUGCCAGAGGUUCGAUGGCUCGCACGGAUAGUGCUCCAAUCCGCGCGAGUAACUACAGAUCAGGCAGUCGGCAAGAUUCCUACGACGGCGAACGGCGCAGAAGUCACAGGCAUGCGAUCGCCCCCAAAGAAGAGAUUGUGGUUGUCGAUGACGUUGUCAUAGAAGCGAAAGAGGAGCCUGCUCCCACAAGCUCGCAAGACAGCUCAUCGCAUCGAAGACAUCGUCAUCACCGGCAUAGGUCCGAGGAAGAGCGAGGUUCGCAUCGACGACGAGAAGGUGAGCGACCUCGAAGCGACCGGAGGGAAGGAGAGCGGCGAGAAGGAGAUCGAAAGGAAGGCGAGCGACGAGACGGCGAGCGCAGAAGCAAGAGGUCCGCACCCCCUGAGCAGAAAUCGAAGGGCUUCUUUGCAUCACUGUUCCGAUGAGCUCUGUUAUACGAUGUACGAGGAUCAUGGACGACUGGAGUACAAUCAGCGCCGAGUGCGCUCUUGCCGGAAGCAUAUGAUGGUUGUUUUGCAAGCGUUUAGCGGCACAGCGUGGCGCAAUAUGGGUCCUGGGCAACGGAAGCAUCGCGCAUUGCUUGGCAGCAUUUUGACACGAUACUUUCGGAUCUGUAUUUUCAUACUAGACUUUAACAUCUAGCAUAGCGCCUUUGUAACUGUAUCAUCGAAGCAUACAUGUCUCUUGUGCUGUGGACUGAUCGAUGAGUGGAAGCGGCAUGAGCGGGAGCUAGCUCGUGUUGGUCUUGGCAAUAGUUUUAUUUCAUGGCGGCUCUGUGGUUCUCAAACGGG